UGUGCAGGAAGCUGUGUCAGUGCCCAGACAAGCCACAGGGGCUGACCUUGCUCUCCCUGGCCAUGGGCCCCCACCUGCUCCUGCUGCUGCUCCCGGGACUAGCAGGUCAGGGCUCCGCAGCCAGCCUCCCUGAGCUGCUGCAGGCACCCGUGGGGGCCACCAUUCUGGUGCAGUGCCACUACCGGCUCCAGGAUGUCAAGGCUCGGAAGGUGUGGUGUCGCUUCUCAGCCGACAGCUGCCAGCCCUUGGUGUCCUCGGCUGUGGAUCGCAGAACCCCAGGUGGCUCGCGCACCUUCCUCACAGACCUGGGGGGCGGCCUGCUGCAGGUGGAAGUGGUGGCCCUGCAAGAGGACGACGCGGGGGAGUAUGGCUGCAUAGUGGAGGGCGCCGCGGGGCCCCAGACCCUGCACCGGGUCUCCCUGGUGGUGCUCCCCCAAGUUCCUGGCCGGAGCAAGGAGGAGGAGCAGACCCAUAAACUUGGCAGUGUGGCUGAGGACCCCUCCUCAGACCUCCCAGGCAGUGCCAGCCCCUGGGAGCCCAGGCAGCAUGAGAAGAGCACCCCCCUGAUCUGGGGGGCUGUGUUCCUGCUGGGUCUGCUGGUGGCGGCUGUGGUGCUGUUUGCUGUGUUGGCCAAAAGGAAAGCAACCAGGCACGCUGUCUGUGGUCGAUUCCAGAUCAGCAGAGCUUCAGGAAUGGAUUCAGGGGGCCCCCACAUCGGUGAUUCGGGACUGGCUGCUGCGGGGCCUUCGGACAUAGCAUACGCGAGGCUCGACUCCCCACUUUCCUUCGAAAAUGCCACCUACAGCGACCUACCUCUUGAUCCCCCACCCUCAGUGCCCCCUCUGCCUCCUAAGGUCCACAUUUCCUCCAAGCCUGUCACAUAUGCCACAGUCAUCUUUCCGGGAAGGGACAGGGGUGGAGCAGCCUCCUGUGAGCCAUCCCAGGAUCCAGCUAACAGCCAGACUGCACCCAGCUGAUCUGGUCAGUCCUCUGCACACGCAUGGCAAUCAUCCCUGGGGCUUCUGCGCACCCAGUCAGCCAGCUCACGUUAGAGCCUUAGGAUAUUUCAGCAACUUUCAGAUCCAAGCUCAUGUCCCAAGUUUGUAGCCAGGGAAGAAAUGUGGAUAUGACUAAGGUGUCUUGGAGAAGCUGUCUCCCCGCCAUGCUGUUCCUCUGCUAUUACACACUGAGUAAAAUAAACCCUAAAUGAUGAUAUGUGAA